AUGUCUUUCUUUGGGGUAGGAAAUCCUUUUGCUACACCGGUUGGCCAAAAAAUUGAACAAGCCACAGAUGGAUCUCUUCCUUCGGAGAACUGGGCUCUCAACAUGGAAAUAUGUGAUAUUAUAAAUACAAGCGCAGACGGACCUAAAGAUGCAAUAAAAGCAAUCAGAAAAAGACUGACUCAAAGUGCCGGAAAGAAUUACACAAUUGUAAUGUACAGUCUAACUGUGCUUGAAAGCUGUGUAAAAAAUUGUGGUAGAUCUUUCCAUGUCUUGGUAUGCAGUAAGGAGUUUAUAUCUGAGUUGGUAAAGUUGAUUGGACCAAAAAACGACCCACCAACAGUGGUGCAGGAGAAAGUUUUAAGUCUGAUACAAUGCUGGGCAGAUGCAUUCCAAAAUCAACCAGACUUGCAGGGUGUAGUACAAAUAUACAACGAAUUACGGACCAAAGGUGUAGAGUUCCCGAUGACCGACCUCGACGCGAUGGCGCCUAUAUUUACCCCGCAACGCUCAGAAAGAGGUGUUCCUUCCAGGGAUCCGGAUGGAGAGCCGGUGGUAGGAUCUCCACAACGCUCUAUCUUAGCACCAAGCUCGCCUACUAGGAUGCCGCUGGAGAGUAGCACUGGAACGGUGACAUUAUCGGAGAGUCAAACGAGCAAGCUCCGUGCUGACUUAGCUGUUGUGGAGGGCAACAUGAACGUCAUGACCGAUAUGCUUAACGAGUUCACGGCGCAACCGUACACGCAACACCACGAGUCCGACAUACAACUGUUAGAUGAACUGGCAGAUACGCUUCGCGCUAUGCAGACUCGCGUGGCAGAGUUAGUGGGCCGUGUGUCCGACGAAUGUCCCCUAACAGCACAACUGCUUCUCACCAACGACCAACUGCAUAAUCUGCUGCUGAGGCAUUCUCGGCUUACAAGCAACAGGAACGCAGCCACCGGUGUUGCUACUCCAUCUGCGAUUUUGGGCGCCGCCAUGGGAGUGCCUGGAACCGUUUCUCCACCAAAGAAAGAAGAGGAUGCCCUCAUCGACUUGAGUGACGAUGUUCCAGACGUCGCCAAGCUUUCUGUAAAAGAAGCCCAAGGUGAAAAGUCACCAAGCAGUUCCAAAGACGAGUUUGAUAUGUUCGCGCAAUCUCGUAACGUCACAUACGAAUCUACAAAGACGGGCGGGAGCAGCUAUGCGGAUAAUUUGGAGGAACAGACAUCAGCUGGUCUUGCUGCUGCUGCUAACACUCGCGCCACACAGCAGCCUUUGCCCUCGGGAAUGGAUCAGAGGGAAAUCGAUGAAAUAUCAGCCUGGUUAGAGCAAGAAAAGGCCGCUUCAGAAGCGAACGCUGGCCAGGAGAGUGUGACCAGCAGCGACUUUGAAAAGUUUUUGGCUGAACGAGCAGCAGCUGCCGACAAUCUGCCUGAUGCUAACAACACUAGCACCUCUAACAACACACCUAGGCACAGGCAAAUCAACAAGGAUCAAGAUUCGAUGUUCGCGCUAUGA